GCAGCAGAUGACGGCGGCAUCAGCGGCAUGUUUGUCGGCAGCCGUGUGUACGUCGUCCCAACCGGUAUGGGAAAGCCCCGGGUUCAGCUAUUUCUAAAGAAGUUAGUCGAGCACGGCGCCGAGAUCGCCGACAGCGAAAAGGACGCCACGCACGUCGUGGUCGCCGAGUGCGUAGAUCGGGAGCGCCUACCCAAACUGAUCGACUCCGAGAAACUGUCUCCGUCGACCAGGAUCGUGCGGAGUGCGUGGAUCAGCGAUUCCCUCAAAAACGCGUCCCUAGCUUCGACGAUGCCUUACGCCUUGACGUGCGAUCUUCCGCACGAGUGCGGUGAGACGGUGUUGAACUCCGACUGUGCGGGUCCGAGCGGCGCAGAAGUGGGGGCGGCCGGCCACGGGAAAGAACCCGAGGAGCCUGCGCGAAAAGAGUGUGCCGAUGUUCCUGUGAACCGAAACGUCCACAUAAUCGAACAACUGCAGGCCAUGGUGGAAACAUACCAAAGUACCAAGGACCACUGGAGAGCCCUGAGCUACGAGCGAGCUAUCAUGGCCCUCAAGCGCCAUCCGACAGAGAUCACCUCCUGGGAGGAGGCCCGGUCCCUGCCCAAGGUGGGUGAACGGCUGGCGGACAAGAUCUGGGAGAUUGUGGAGCGGGGCAAGCUGCGUAAGCUGGAGGAGUUCCAGGGCCAAGAGCGUCUGACGGCACUCCAGCUCUUCACCAAGAUCUGGGGCUCUGGUCCCUCCACGGCAGAGCGGUGGGUCCAUCAGGGCUUCACCACUCUGGAGGAGCUGGCAAGCAGCGGACAGCUGACAGGCCAGCAGAAGAUUGGGCUGAAGCACUUCCACGACUUCCUCGAGAAGAUGCCCCGGGAGGAGGCGGGAGAGAUUGCAGACAAGGUGGCCAAGGCAGCGCUGUCGCUCCAGCCGGGUCUCACGGUGGUCCCGUGCGGAUCUUACCGGAGGGGCAAGUCCAUGUGCGGAGAUGUAGAUGUGCUCAUUAGCCACACGGAACUCUCCGCGCUCGACGGACUCCUCAACAGGCUGUUGCAGCUUCUGCGCUCGUCGGGGUUCCUAACGGACGACCUCGCGGUUCCCCACGGUACUGGCGUCCCCAGCAAGUACAUGGGAGUAUGCAGACUAGACCAGCUUGGCAGCAAGCACCGCCGCCUGGACGUGUUUGUGAUCCCGCCGGACGAGCUGGCCUGUGCCCUCCUGGCCUACACGGGGUCCGCCCACUUCAACCGGUCCCUGAGGCUGAGGGCACGGCGGAUGGGGAUGGCGCUGAGCGACCGGGGCCUCCGCCAGGGAGUCUGGCGCAAGGGUGCCGAGAAAAGGAGCCUGGGCAGCCUGGUGUCAACCCCCACCGAGGCCUCCAUCUUGGAGCACUUGGGGCUCAGCUACAGACCUCCCGAGCAGAGGGAACAGCUCUAGCUGGGGGACGACAAACUGUAGAUAUGGUUGUGUGUGUUUUUGGGGGGAAAGCGUUUUGUUUCUGUCUACAUCGAAACGUCCAGCAUGCACAGCACAGAAAGGUUGUACAAGCCUGCUGCUGAGGUGCAUCCCUAAUUUUAGAUGCCAAGAGAGACGACUUCUAGGGGAAAACAUUAUGGGGAAAGCAAGCUCCAAGCUCGGUUUCGUGUCAUCCUGUUUGUUAGGAAGGUGAAGGACAGUUGGGCAACAUGUCGAUCAAAUUCAGACUGUACAUAAGAAAUAACAUAUUAUUCAUGAUAUGUGGAGACAAAAAUACAGAACAAUUAUGGAAUUGUCAGUCGGCCGAUUGAAUCAAGCAAAAUAUAUAAAAAAAAUAACGAGAUUGCAUGUAUUCUUUUUGGCAAAUUGUGCAAUAUAUGUGAAGCCAUUCCAACUAGACAAGGCUUUUCACUUGCAGAAACAAAGGUGAUCUGAAAUUGGGAAUUUUUCCCCUUCGUAAAAGUGGUCUGCACCAAAUAAAUUGUUCGGCACGUGUAUGGAUUUCAUUAUUUUGUUUCUAGAGCUACUGCGCUAUAAUUUGCCACUACAUGUAGCUUAGAAUCAUAUGUACAUAUGGGAAUUUCAAAGGAUGAACUUAGUUUAUUGUUAAUAAAUACACUUUAAAGGAUGCUGGCUGCCUUCGAGGAUUAGUACUUUCCACCGAAGCCAGAACAUGUGUUCCGCACACCACUCCUUGUUGAGAAAGUAAUGUAAAGAGGGGGACAUGUCAAAACUAUAAC